AUCCGUGUUGGACGAUUUCCUACGCGGCGUGGGUCGUAUUCCCGCCAACCUGCUGGUAUAAGAGGGGCCAAGUAUCGGCCGGAGCACUUCAGUCCACUCAGAGGAACACCACACAGUACAAGGAUGGCUCUCGAACGUCAAGUGCGCGCCAAGAUUGCGGCGAAACGCAAUCCAGAGAUGGAGAAGGAGGCCCAAGAAUGGAUCGAGAGCAUUCUUGGGAAGAAGUUCCCCCCUGGUGAGCUGUUCGAGGACGUGCUCAAGGAUGGCCAGGUGCUGUGCCAUCUCAUGAACAAGAUCCAGCCUGGAUCUGUCCCCAAAAUCAACUCCUCCGGUGGUCAGUUCAAAAUGAUGGAGAACAUUAACACGUUCCAGAAGGCUCUGAAAGACUAUGGGGUGGACGACGUCGAUGUCUUCCAAACGGUGGACUUGUGGGAGAAGAAAGACAUAGCUCAGGUGGUCACCACUCUGUUCGCUCUUGGACGCACGACGUACAAGCACCCCGAGUGGAAGGGCCCCUAUCUGGGACCUAAACCGUCAGAGGAAUGCAAACGUGAGUUCACAGAGGAGCAACUGCGUGCUGGGGAGUCUGUCAUCGGCUUGCAGGCAGGUUCCAACAAGGGUGCGACCCAGGCUGGCCAGAGCAUCGGUGCCACCCGCAAGAUCCUCCUUGGAAAGUAGACGACCUUGGCCUUCUCCCUAUUUAGACCACAAAAUUUGUACUUUGCAUCCACAUGUGUAUAUGUGUAUAUAUAUAUAUAUGUAUUAUGUAUUUAUUUUAUAUUUUGUAAUUGAACGAUAAUAUAUAUAUUUAUUAUUUA